AUGGCAUCGUCUCAAAAGCCCGAGCAGAUCGAAGACCUGCUGGAUCAUUUUUACUUGGAGACUUCUUUUCAUGAUGGAUGCACUGUGGACACGGAGUACGCCCUGAACGAGAGAGUCCAGCGCAAGUGGUAUCGAAGGCCGGAGCCCCUGGGCCAGGGCGCUUACGGUAAAGUCUGGCUCGAACAGAGCGAGACCAACAAGGAACAGCGCGCAGUCAAAGUCAUCGAAAAGGGACGGAUGCAGCUUGUCACUAUUGACUACAAGAGAGAGAUACUGGCCCUCGCCAAGUUCUCCAAACGGCAAUACCAGCAACAACAGGUUCUAGUCGAAUUCUUAGGCUGGGCCGAGUCGCCCUCGGAUUUGUAUCUGUUUAUGGAAUACUUCCCCUUGGGAGACCUCGGACAACACGGGCGUAUACCGGAGACCGAGACCAUUGAUAUCACCGUCCACUUGUUGAACGGACUCCGGAUCAUGCACGCCGAGAACUUCGCGCACCGCGACCUCAAGCCCGCCAAUAUCUUCGUUGUUCGGAAACCGCCUGUCGGCCGAUGGUGGGUUAAAAUCGGUGACUUUGGGAUCUCCAAGCGAGCCAACGUCGAGGAAACGGCUCUACACACCGAGGUUGGCACCCCGAGGUAUCGGGCCCCAGAGGUCACGGGAGAUGGUGACCUCGAGCAUGCCACCUCGAUUUAUGACAACGCGGUCGAUCUGUGGUCUCUCGGGUGCGUUAUAUUCAAACUGAUAUCAGGGUUCGAUGCCUUCCCCAACCGGCUUGCUGUGAGGAAGUUUUGUGCCGGACGAGCGGCUUUCCCAGCGGCUGCACUCCACGAUAGAAUGAGUUUGGCCGGCAUUGAGUUUGUAAAGAGACUACUCUCUGCAUUGCCCUCUGAGCGUCCGUCUGCUGAGGAGGCUCUCAGCAUGCUCUGGGUGCGAUCGCGGGCAGCCAGUCCUGAUAGCACCGUUCAUGCACUCCUAUCCCCGGGCGCUGGACACGGUGGACCUCCAGCAACUGCGGAACAAUCCAGCCUCAAGAGGGGAAGUGCACAACCUAUAUCAUCCCUCCUCAUACAAGGGCAGUUAACUACAGAUUCGGAUUCAUCGGAGGACUCCUUAACUGCGCAAACUUGUCGUUGGGGGGCUAAUGGUAUCCAUAUUAAUAAAGCUGGGGGACACCACGAGCUUCAAAAAAGUUUCUCCAGGAGCCUCGACUUACACAAUUCCACCCCAGUGCUAUCUUCAACAGGCAAUUUGCUUUCGGCAACAAGCAGCAGACAAAGUCUGAGCAUUGCGUCUGCUGAGUUGCCUCCAAGAUCGAGCUAUCCGGCAAGUAGCUGGGAGCAUAGUAAAGUACCGUGGGUUUCAGACGCGCUGAAGAUACUAAGCGGAAGCGAGGACUCUUGUAUCAGCAUCAUUGCAAUUCCCGGUUUGAAUUUCAUGGGUUACUCGGACUGGGAGGACCCUCUAGCUGGAGUGAACUGGCUUUGUGAUAUGCUGCCACAAGAUGUGCCACUUGCUCGGACAUACACGUACUCCUGGAAAGUGUCAGCCGAGGAAACUGCCGUGAUGGAUGAUGUCUUUGUCAGGAAACACGCAGAGUUGUUGCUUGACAAUGUAUCAAACAAGCUGAGCCACGACCCAAAACCCAUUAUCUUCGUUGCUCACUGUUUGGGUGGGCUCAUGGUGGCCAAGACAAUAGCACUUGCCGCCGAGCGCCGCCCACAAUACGCACAAGUACUCGAGUUUACAGUAGGGUGUAUCUUUCUCAGCACGCCAUUUUACAGCUUCAAUGAUUCGACAUAUCGGCAGUGGGCGGGUUAUGAGCAGAUGCUGAAAGAAAAACACCAAUUAGGCUCCUGUUCUUCCCAGUGGCGCCUCUCAUACUUCACCCUCAUGGAAAAUGAUCUUGGACCCCGCAGAACAGCAGAAGAGUUUGUUGAAGCUGUUAGGCUUUCCAAACAUGAUAUGCAUAUUACCUCUUUUUACGAAAGGAAAUCCACAAUGCUGUAUAUUGACCGGCCGAGUGAGAACCAGACGAUUAGCAGAUUGCUUAGAAUGGGCCGAAAGGGAAAACGGAUUCCAUUAACUGUUCACCUCGUAGGCGUAGUCGACAAGGGUCUUCCGCCGGCGAUAGGCAGGAGAUACUCGUUGAACGCGGACCACUACAAUAUGUGUAGAUUUGAAGGGAGGGGAUGCGAAAACUACCAGAAGGUGAAGAAUGUUAUUGUCGACAUCAUUCUCGCUGUCCUUGGAGGCAGCACUCCUCAGCUGGAGGCUUUCCGCCAACUCCAUCCCGACCGCUAUCGCCGUGCAUCUACAACUUGCGAGUCACCCGAGGACGUCGCGGCCCAUCUAGGUAUUCGAUUGCCAGCCGAUGGGCGGCUUGUUGCCGUAGCCACAAGGAAGUUUGUAGCCAGCACACCAGACGAGGUGUCUGUGAGCCCAUCGCAAGAGCUGCUGGUGGUGCGCUGUGCGGAGGCCUGGUUUUGGUGUAGAGCGCUGGUUGAUCAAGAGGGUUGGGUGCCGCGACAAUGUGUGCAGAUUGUCAACCAAACUUGA